GUCUGGCCAAAGUUGCGUGUCCUGGCUCGAUCCUCGCCUCAGGACAAGUACGUGCUGGUAAACGGCAUCAUCGGGAGCCGCCUACACCCCAACCGAGAAGUGGUCGCCGUCACGGGCGACGGAACCAACGAUGGACCGGCGUUGAAGCGCGCGGACGUGGGCUUCGCGAUGGGAAUCGCCGGCACCGACGUGGCCAGAGAGGCCUCGGACAUCAUCCUCACGGACGACAACUUCAGCAGCAUCGUGAAGGCAGUUAUGUGGGGGCGCAAUGUCUACGACUCGAUUGCAAAAUUCCUUCAAUUUCAACUCACCGUCAAUGUGGUGGCGGUCGUCGUGGCUUUUGCCGGAGCGUGCAUUAUCACCGACAGCCCGUUAAAAGCGGUCCAGAUGCUGUGGGUGAAUUUAAUCAUGGACACGCUGGCAUCCCUUGCGCUGGCGACCGAGCUCCCAACCGAAGACCUCCUGGAGCGCGCUCCCUACGGCCGGACGAAGCCCCUCAUCAGUCGCUCCAUGAUGAAAUUCAUCAUCGGUCAAGCCGUCUACCAAAUCGCCGUCAUUUUUGUUCUCCUUUGGGCAGGUACAUUUCUUAGGGUAUGCGCUGCUCAAAACUUUAUAAAUCCAGCAGGUGAGUACAUAUUGCACGUGGACAACGCGCAGCUUCUGACUGAGAGCGGAAUAAGGGGUCCGUCGAGGCACUUCACCGCCAUCUUCAACACCCUCGUGAUGAUGACCCUCUUCAAUGAGAUCAACGCUCGAAAAAUCCACGGCCAACGCAACGCCUUUUCGGGUGUCCAAAAGAACCUCCUCUUUUCGGGCAUCUGGCUGGCAACUUUCAUUGGCCAGAUUCUGAUUGUCCAGUUCGGUGGAGUGGCGCUGAAUACAACGCCCCUGGACAUCGAGCAGUGGAUGUGGUGCGUGUUUUUUGGACUGGGAACACUCGUCUGGGGCCAGGUACGUUGCACUUCCCUCAAAGACAUCAAACGCAUUUAA